UCUCUCUCUCUCUCGCUAUGGCGUCUUCUUGUUUCUGCCCACCCAAUCCCGCCUUCUCCCCACACUCCCACCGCAAAGCCACCCUAUGUGACUUCGUCGUGCGCCUCCCUGCCUCCGCUACUCUUCCUUCUCGGUGCCGUUUGGAGUAUAAUGCUCCCAACCGACUAAAGGUGUUUGCAAGCUCCGCGGUUCCCGCGAUGGAUCAGUCUCCUCAGAGUAAAGCAUCUUCUCCCGUCCCCACGGUUGUUGAGGUUGAUUUGGGUGACCGGAGCUACCCGAUUUACAUCGGCUCUGGUCUUCUUCAUAAACCCGAGUUUCUUCAGAGGCAUAUUCAUGGCAAGAAAGUUCUUAUAGUCACAAAUACUACAGUAGCUCCAUUAUAUCUGGACAAAACUAUCAGUGCUUUAACAGAUGGAAAUCCUAAUGUUAGUGUUGAAACUGUGAUCUUGCUAGAUGGAGAGAAAUUUAAGAACAUGGAAACUCUCAUGAAAGUUUUUGAUAAAGCUAUUGAAUCACGAUUGGACCGACGGUGUACAUUUGUUGCUCUCGGUGGUGGAGUUAUUGGUGAUAUGUGUGGAUAUGCUGCUGCUUCUUAUCUCCGGGGAGUUAAUUUUAUUCAGAUUCCUACAACUGUUAUGGCACAGGUACAAUGAGUUUCCCUCUUUUGAAUCUAA